AAGGGCUUGGACAUCAUCACCAACAAGGUUUCUCCCCAGGAGCAGCGUCUCUGCAGACACCACAUGAUCAGCUUUGUGGAUCCCCUUGUCUCUAACUACACGGUGGUGGAUUUCAGAGACAAAGCCGUGGCUCUGAUUGAAGAUAUCUUUGCUCGAGACAAGAUCCCAAUUGUUGUGGGAGGAACCAACUACUACAUCGAGUCCCUGCUCUGGAAGGUCCUUAUCGACACCAAGGAGAAGGCCGGCACAGCCCCCGGGCCGGUCACUGACAGGAGAGUGGAGCUGGAGCAGCUGGACGGCGUGGAACUCCAUCGCCGCCUGAGCCAGGUGGACCCAGAGAUGGCAGCCAAGCUGCACCCCCACGACAAGCGCAAACUGGCCCGGAGCCUCCAAGUGUUUGAAGAGACGGGGAUUCAGGAUUACCAACAUGGCAUCUUCCAGUCCAUUGGCUUCAAGGAGUUCCACGAGUACCUUGUCAGUGAGGGGAAUUGCUCACCCGAGACCAGUGCCCUGCUGCUGCAAAAAGGAAUCCAGGCCCUGAAACAGGUGACCAAGAGAUAUGCCCGGAGGCAGAACAAAUGGGUCCGAAACCGCUUCCUGAGACGUCCCGGGCCCAACGUGCCCCCGGUGUAUGGCUUGGAGGUGUCUGAUGGCUUGCGGUGGGAGGAGGAUGUGCUGAAACCUGCUCUGGAGAUUGUGGAAAGCUUCAUCCAGGGACGGGAGCCCCCAGCAGAACCCGUGAAGAUGGAGUACGACGUCAGCGAGAACAAACGGAGCCAUCGCGUGUGUGAGCUCUGCGACAGGGUCAUCAUCGGCGACAGGGAGUGGGCAGCUCACACACGGUCCAAAUCCCACCUGCACCAUCUGAAGAAGAGAAGGAAGCUGGAGGCCACCAGCCGUGCUGCAGGGACCUCGGAGGACAGCGGGGCUGGCGCAGAGACCCCAGGCGAGGAGAGCAGCUCGCCUUUGCCCUAG